GUUUCCCACAUUUUCUUCUUGUUUAAUAGCCACCCGAUGUACCCGGGACACGGUAUUGUCAACAACCAACACAACUUUCUGUGAAAAAGAUCCUCGUUGUUCCAGAUGCCAAGUCGAAGUCUUCUAUUCAUAAAGGGUUAGGCAUUAGAGUCACAGGUGGGAAGCGUGUAGCGGAGAUAGGAAUGGCAGCUGUGAUAUCAAAAAUUUACCCAGGAGGUCAAUUCGACGUCAUUGAGGACGUUCACGAGGGUGACGUAAUUUUGGAAUGGAAUGGAGUCGGCUUAUCCGGAAAAACGCACGAAGAAGUUCAACGAAUUGUCAAUGACACUCCAACAGACGCAGAACUCGAACUGGUUUUGCGUUGUCCGCCUCCUUCUGUUCUACUGCCUCUGCUGCGACUGGACGAUGAUGACGAUUCCCCGCUCUGUGAAUCCAAUCAUUUGCAGCAAAAGGACAGACGUGAUCACCAACACCAACAGCAAGGCACUCAACAACCGAGAGUCGGUUUCGUCAAUUGUUCGGCAGGUGACCGUCGAGAGGCCGGAGGGCGCGGACAUCUUAGUUUCACUGGACAACAGCGUGGAGAAUCCCUGCUGGCAGUAGGACCGCAUCAACAAAGAGCCGCGUCUAAUUUCGUUCAGCGCCAAUUCGUCGCAUGUGACUCAGGAGUUAAAGGAAGUGAACGAUUGUUCUUGAGGAAUAGUAAAGAAGGAAUUAUAGACAAUAAGCGGGGAGUGGGAAUUGGGAAUGGAUGUUUGAGGAAUGGUGCCCUACUGAGAGACCAUCGCAGUAAUGAUGGGAUGCCUCCGCCCCCUUCGCAUCAAUUUUCGGAACAAGUUAGCACACCGUCGUCGUCGAAUUCAUUGGGGUCAUCAUCGUCAGCAACUGCUGCUGCGAGUUUCUCGGCAUCUCCUGCAGAUGGGGCGAGCAUCAACGAUCCCAUGAAAGCUCUAUUGUUUCAGAAAGAUAACAACGACGGCUACUGCGUAGACGAUAGUCAGCAAAGAUCAACAACGGAUCUUCCGUCGUCUCUAAGUUCGUCCCAACGGAGUCACGGAACCCCUUCCACCAAAUCCAGUUGUUCGAAUCAUUCCCCAAAACGUCGGUAUCGGCGAGUGCCUUGUCUGAAAGUUGUCUGGAAAACUAAGGAGGAAUUUUACGGCAAAUUACAGCUGCAAAUUUGUUAUGACGUCAAAGCAGAAAUCCUCUACGUCAUCGUUUUACGGGCCAAAGGCUUAACGUGUCCUCGAGCCGACGGCGACACGAGACCGGAUCCCUUUGUCAAAUGUCGAUUGCUGCCAGACAAAACGUCAGACACCACGAGGAAAACAAAGUUCAUUAGGAGAACGGGUUCGCCGGAGUGGAAGCAAACAAUGGUUUACCCAAAGCUACCGAUUCUGGUCAUGCGAAUGCGAAGGUUGGAAUGCGUCGUUUGGCAUCACAACAAAGUCAGGGCUAAUGAGUACUUGGGCGAAAUCCUGCUUGACCUCAGCGAUUCAAGAAUCUUGGAUGAACAGCCAAGAUGGUAUCGGUUGAGGAAUGGAACUCUGCCCAUUCCAUCCAACAAAAUUAUCUUUGGAUCAGACAAGAAACGGAUACUAAUUAACCAUCACACGAAUCCAUUCCACGUCCUUGAUAAACGGCUCUUCGGUUCAAACGUGUCGCUCACGCAACGUUUGAACCAACAAACAGGAAUCGUCGGAAUGUCAACACUGUCACAGCAAAGCAAACAUGGAGCUCGUGUGUCAAUUUUUCCUGCCUCGAACAUCGCUGCUCAUCCAUUGCUUUCCAAGUACGGAUGCCACGGAACUGCCUCCAUGUGUGUCCUCAUGUGAUCAAACUGCCAAAAAAAAAAGAAGAAUAAUUCCGCUUUGCAAAAAUUUCGAAAUUCGUCACCUAUAUCGUCGAGGAUUGAUACUAAGUACACAUAUCGUACAUUCUCAGGCUUUCUACUAAUAUCCUACGUAUAAUAAUGACGAAUUACCCUUUUUUUCUCUUUCUUUUCCCUCAUCCAAAGAAUUCAUGUGAUAUGCAUCCUAACUCGCCGUCAACUGAAUUUCCUCGACACGAAAAGGGAAACAUUUUGACACGAAAUUUAGCAAACAUUGUUAUCGCCAUUUUGCGGCAAGUAACUUACUGUGUUUUCUUCGAAAUUUGUCUUUUUCCCGUCAUCCCCUUGAUAGAGAAGGAAUGAAAAUUGUUUCUUUUGUUUUAUGAGCCUCUUGCUAUAUAGAUAGUUGAAGAAAACCUACGGAGUGAAUUUUCAGCUGCUGAGCGUGUUGCAGUCAUUAUGUGAAUGUUUCAUUAAAUUGUUUACGGACUUUGAAGAAAUUGAAAAAAAAA